AGCUCAGAGAACCUCAUGACUGUUGCUUUAUUGACUCAUUAAGACUUAACGUAUAUAUUGUAAAAGUUCAACGAGUCCCUGUCUAUGCCGAAGAAACAUCGGCCCCAAUUUACAAAGCUCGAAGGGACUUCCUCCUCUUCUACUUCUUCACCAACUCGACGAACAACCGGGGGAGCUUCUGACAGCCCCCAGCAGUCCGUAAAUGAUCUCUUGAGGCACCUUCGUCGCAGUCAGAAUGCAGGCACCGCCGAGCAACGAGCACGAGAGCGGGAGCUCGCGGCGGUGGCAACAGCACCAACCGUCCAUCCUUCUCUCAGAGAGCUCUUGCACAUCCCAGAAAUCCCCGCUCCAAGAUCUAGACGACCACCGCGCCGUCACGGCUUGUUUCGUGACAGAGGUCCAGCCGGCCCGCCGCCGCCACUUAGUUGGCUGACCGAGAGCAUCCAUGCACCCGCACAAAUACAGGAAAUGGAUCGGCGGCGUACAAUAUCCCGCGCACGGCCACGGCACGUCGACAGGCUGCCCGGUAUGCGAUUACCCAGAGACUCACGCAGCCUGAUCCAUCAGUGCCUAAGAGCUCUUGCUACAAACUGGGAAUGGCAUGUGGUAUACGACCAGUACUAUCUCGCAACGUUACCGGCAGGCUUGAAGAGCGCUUUGCUCAGUUACAUUGGAGUCUACGGAUCAGACAAUGGAGUCGGCAUAGAUGGGCUCCGGAUAUUGUUUCUGAAUCCAGGUGAACUCGAAGAUGCAACACCAGCCGCAGAAACUACACACCUCGAUCUCACUGGCGCAGUCGGUCGCUCUAUAGGCAUGAAGCAGCUUGGGCAGUAUCUUUUCCCGCCUGUCCCUGCCCCUGGCCCCGCCACUGGCUCAAGUACUUCAGCUGCAACGGCGACAACAGCAACAACAGCGAUGGGCACUUCCUCAUCCUCAGAAACAUCCCAACCAGCACCAGCUGCCCCAGCAAUUUUGGAAGAAUCCACAUCAUCACCACCCCCGUUUCCAGAAAUAACAGAAUUAUCUGACGUUUUGGAGUCAUGGGAAGACGAGGCUGACGCUGAAGAACAAGUAAACGCCAAGUCCAAUUUCAUCCCACAACCUCUGAGCUUCAACAAUACUCGUUUCCCCCACCUCACGCAUCUCUCCCUUUCUCAUCCCGGUCCAGGAGCAUCCUGGUCUCGUCUCCUCUCACUUUCCUCGCAUCUUGCCACCCUUACACAUUUAUCACUAGCAUACUGGCCCCCGCCGUCACUCACCCCGAACUCCAGAACCGCAACAGCAGUCAGCAAGUUCUCCCCCGCAGUAUCCUACGGCGGAACAACAAUCUACUCGGCCUUUGAAGGCGACUGGCUCGAAGCAGCAAGCAUCCUGCGCCGCCUAUCGCGCGCUACAUAUUGCCUGCGCUGGCUCGAUCUGGAAGGGUGCACGUCCUGGCUGGGCGCUCUCAAAUGGGACGUUGACGGCCACGGCAUCGAGUGGAACGCGGCAUGGCGAAGAGUCGAAUACGUGAACCUGAGUCAGGGCUGGUUGCCCAAGUCGUAUGAAAAGGAAAUGAUGGGUUCCGAGCACCACAGUCUUGUAACAAGCACAACAACAACUGUACCUCCAAUUGAGACUGCGCAGAUAGAUCGCUCUCCCAGGGCGACCGGGAGGACAGGCACAUCUGACGAGACAACGCCCGUCAACGAUUUGGACGGGUCAGACAGCUGGGACGACGGCCUGAGUGAGGAGAGGGAUGUGUCGGAUUGGCUGACCAAUGCGCGUCUGAUCCUUGCAGUCGCCGGAGCGAUCAGGCAGAGAAGAGCACUGGGGAAAGGAAGUGGUAAAGUUCCCAUUACAGUUGAUUGUGGAUGGAGAGGCUGGUGGAUUGACAAGGAGGUUAUUGGUCAUUGAAUGGGAUAGCAAUUAAAUUCCUUCCUUGUCUUUGGUUAUCCGUCGCGAGAUUGUUCUAGAUGGGACAUUCAGUGGUGCUCAUGAAAUAAAAUCGAUUAACUUUUU